AUGCGACUAGACAAGAGAAGCGUGGAAGCGGCAGCAGAGUCCAAGCAACCACUGGCGACUGAGAUAAGAUGGAUUGAUAAGGCUGAUCCUGAAGUAGCAGACAUUGUGGAAGUGGAUGGCCAUUCUUCGUUAGAAGUUCAAGCCUUUGUCAACGACAUCUUUGAUCAAUAUAAAAAUGCUGAUGAAACACUCGCAAAGAAACUGGGACAACUUAAUCUCAGCAAUCGUCGUCGACUGAACGAGCACUCCACUGUGCCCAAGGCCGAGCAGCCCGCUAAAACACAUGUGAGAGUGUCAGGUUUCAACAGCGUCGUUACAUUCGACGAGUCGAACGAGCAAAUUUAUGUUCCAAUACCAUUUCAUUAUGGCGACGAUUGGAGUCCCAACAACAAUGGUUCGAAGAUUCCGAGACGGAAAGAGAGCAAUGUCUACAUGCCUCCAGCACCAUGGCAAGUACGGCUUGAAGCACCGUUCAAGUGCGCACUGUGCAAGAAAAUUGUUACUCUCAGAGGCCAUGAAGCAUGGAUGAUACAUGUCUAUGCGGAUUUGAAAGCAUAUAUCUGUAUCCACCCAUUGUGCGACCAAUCAUUCGAGUAUUAUCACCUGUGGGCAGAGCAUGUCUUGACCAGUCAUUUUCCAGGGCUGAAACGGUAUUGUCUCUAUUGCGACUCCGAGAUCAACAGCACGGAUCGAACCUCCACGCGCAAUGCAUUUGUGGAGCAUCUGGUCUAUAAUCAUUGGGACCUGAGUGAUGCCGAACGCACCGCCGCAACCCUAGACACCGAGAAAUUUAUUCUUGCUCCAUUCAACUCGUUCCCUUGUGGUAUUUGUCGACGAAAAAACUGGAAGACAUGGUUCGAGUUUGCGGCACAUAUGGCACGCCACUUGGAAGAGAUCUCACUGGCAGCUCUUCCAGAUGAGAUGUACUCGCUCGAUGAAAGUCCAACUGCCAGGAAGUAUCGCCCCAAGAAACGCCAGCCGCAAGCCCUGGAAGAGCGAGCUGAUGACUUGGAAUUAAGUCUGAAUAGAAGACAGCACAAACAUCACGAGGACCAGGAAGAGAGCGACUUGAGCGAAGAAGAUCCCGACUACGUUAGGGUAGACCGCGAGGUGACCAAAGCACCAUUACCAUCGGUCAAGAAGCCACACCGAGGCAGUCUUCGGCCUCGAAAAGUGCAUGAGAAAGUUAAAGAAAGCAAGCAAGAUCAAGUCGCACAAGAAGAGCCUACCUCAUCACCACAUGUCAAAUUUGAAGAUAAAACUCGAGACCGAGAUCAUCGAAAACAUUCAUCGCACGACCCUUCACAGUCUAAGAGUAAAGCCAAGGGUCAACCUGUGCAGCAGUACCCCAGUGAAGACAGCAGAAUGGAUGCAAUGAGAUCAUAUUAUAAGGCUUAUCAAGACCAGUAUGAGAAGCCGAAGGCAGGUGGUCAGGGUUAUGAGGGUUAUGGAUAUCCAGCAGCAUAUGCAUAUUCGAAUUACUAUCGAGGCUAUCCUUAUGCUGGAGAAAGCUAUGACUACAACAGAGUUUCCUACGCUGGACACAGCAAUGAUCAUGCUAAUUGUCGCUGCCAAACAUGUGCUGUGAUGCGCGAAGAAUACUAUGGUGAAUGA